AUGUGGCCAGAACUUAAAAUAGUUCAUGGUAAACCUCGUCACUCACAGAGCCAGGGUUCAGUUGAACGAGCUAACCAGGACAUUGAAAAUAUGCUUGCUACUUGGUUGACAGAUAACCGUACUAAAAAAUGGAGUGAGGGGUUAAAAUUUAUCCAGUUUAUGAAAAACUGUUCAUUACACUCAGGAAUAAAAUUUUCACCUUACGAAGUAAUGUUCGGUACAAAAGCAAAAAUUGGAUUAAAGAGUACACUUCUGCCAAUAAAUAUAAUAAGCGAUUUAAGAACCGAAGAAGACCUCGAAACAGCUCUGAAUUCUAUUUCCACUACUUCAAACAGUAACAACGAUAUCGAAAAUACCGAAGCUGUACCUUUAAGAAUAAAAUCUAUUUGUGAGAGUAGAAAUGAAUCACUUAAAAAUUUAAAAGUUUAAGCGACAAAAAUGAAGCAAGCUUCCGAAAAUCGUUUCCGUCCCGGCGAAGUUGGUCAGUCAGUAACGGUUAAGAUUCCAGACGUCGAUAGGGCCCGUAGUGAUUUUAGAAAUAUUAUUGGAGUUAUUCUUUCGAGUACCUAUAAAUACUAUACUUUUAUUAUUAAUAUUCCAGAUAAACUAAUAAAAUUUGUUUUACAGUUAACAAUGACAUGUACGAAAUAGGGACUAAGGAAGGUCGCCUUUCAACUUUGUAUAGUAGAAACCAAUUUGUAAUUUGCAAGGAAAGAUUUCUGAAAGUC